UACUACUGCAGCACCAUGUCGGCGAAUUCGAUUUUGCUGGAUUUUUCACUCGACCCCGCCCGAAUCAUUGACGAGGUGUCACGCAAGGACAUCGUGCGGGUCUGCAAGGAAGGCCUUGAAAAGUAUUUGGCGGGUCUGAAGAUUUCCUACGACAUGCUGACGGCGGACGGGUAUCUCUGCAUACUGAACGAAACCGGCACCGGAACCAUCGUGACGAUUCGCUUCUUCGAGCAGGGCCUGAUAACGAUCAACGUCGAAUACUACCGGAAGGAUGGCGAUGAGGCGAAGAUAUCCUUUGAUAACAUGAAAAUGCUAGAAAACGGUUUGCGCAUCAGGCUGGAGGCAAUACGCUCCAAGCAUCUUCCACCGAUAAAACGGGGCAGUAGCGUUGACGUUUACCUAACAAGCUCAGACGAGCGUGUCAUCGAGUACGACAUCGACCGGGUACUGUUCGACAAGCGUUCCGAAUUCCAGAAGAUUCAAAUCGUACACUCGCGAAGCCUUGGCAACAUGCUGGUGUUGGAUGAAUUGCAAAACAUUGCUGAAGCGGAUCUUAUCUACACCGAAACUUUGAUGUGCCGAGGUACCGAAAAUUACGCCGGCAAGGAGAUCUGCAUCCUGGGCGGUGGGGAUGGCGCCCUGCUCUAUGAGCUACUGAAGGAAAAGCCUAAAUUUGUCGUAAUGCUCGAAAUCGACGAAAUAGUCAUGCAGGCGUGCAAUAAGUACAUGAACUCUAUCUGUGGAGACGUGCUGGAGAAGCGUACGGACGACAAUUAUGAGAUAAUUGUCGGCGAUUGCAUGGUGUACCUGAGGAAGUACAUUAAGGAGGAGCGCAAGUUUGACUACGUGUUUGGCGAUCUGACCGACAUUCCGAUUUCCGACACACCGACCGGUGAAAUAUGGGAUUUCAUACGGACGAUCCUGGAAUCGUCGUUCCAGGUGUUGAAACCGGACGGCAAGUUUAUGACACACGGUAAUGGUGUCAGCUGCCCGGAAUCGCUCCGCAUGUACGAGGAUCAACUCGCUAAACUCACGCCAAAGGUUAAGUACACCAAGAGCUCGGCCUUUGUGCCAUCCUUUAUGGAAGAAUGGGUGUUCUACCAGGUACAACGUGAGAACACGGCUGCCACCGAUAGCGUUUGACUUUGUCCCUUCAACAUCACCGCCACCACCACAUUUGAUCGAAUGUUGCUAAUAGUAUCGGUAGCGAUAGCCGUAGCAGACAUACUUCUUCCGCUAACGAUGCUUUUGACACACACUAUUGCGAGUAGCACAACUAGAAUCAAGCCACGAUAGCGC